CCUCCACUCGGUGAAGAAUAAACACAUUUUGCCGCUUUAUUGGAAAAUGUGUUUGGAAAAUUUGUGGCAUUUUCCUCGGAGACUCUCAUAAGGGGAAUUAAUUUGAAAUUACAAAGUGCACGUGAAAUGCCGAAUCUUUGGGAUUACAUUCACAUCAAUCGAUCGGGAGAGAAUAGGGGAGAACAUGAUCUACAAGCAGGACUCUUCCAGAUUGCCUGCCAGACGUCGAGUAUUUUAAUUCAAGUGAACAACAAUGUUAGCUAUGGGGACAAUUCAUCCAACUUCCAGUAUAACAAUUUCAAUGCUGCCACAGCAUUUGGACACGCUACACCGUCCACGAGUUCUGGUCUCGAUCAGGAGCAAAGUGUUGUUCUCCUGUCUCCUAAGGGCGCAUCCAACAAUUCCUCAGCCAUAGCAAAGAGCCGCAAGAGUAUCUUCUCCAACUAUAAGCAUCGACUGAGUACGGUGCUAGAGAGCAACACAAACACAGCACAGGGAGAUGACGACUUUGAGCUGUGGGAUCAGCACAGUGAGAUGCUGCGGGAGCAACAGGGUCCCAUAUGGGGCCACAAUGCCUGGUGCAAGCCUUCCUGCAUCCCAAUCUCUGUGAUUCUUAUUCUAAUCGUUCUCGUCGUAUUGCUGCCAUUGCUCGAUCACUCCAAUGAGAAAUCGGCCAAUCGCCUCAAUGACUCAACUUUUCUCUGCCAAGAUAGCUGCAAUAUUCAACUGGUGGAGAGCAUCCCCGAAGGUCUUACAUAUCCAGCGGGUAGUGUGGCAUUCGGGAGUACCUUCGAGGCAUGGCAGACUCUCUUAGCAUUAGCCACCAAAUCCAUUGAUAUUGCCAGCUUCUACUGGACACUACGGAGUGCCGAUGUUGUUAACCACACUUCUUCCUGGCAGGGUGAUCAGAUCUUCCAGCAGCUCCUUCUUGCGGGCACCAAGAGGAACAUAAGUGUUCGCAUAGCACAGAGUGCUCCAACUCAGGCACAACCCAACAUCGAUACGGAGAUCCUCAUCAAGCGAGGAGCUGCCCAAGUACGUUCUGUGAAUUUUCCACGACUUCUUGGCGGUGGGGUGCUUCACACGAAACUCUGGGUAGUUGAUAGACAGCACCUAUAUUUGGGUAGUGCGAAUAUGGAUUGGAGAUCCUUGACACAGGUGAAGGAAUUGGGUGUCCUCGUGACGAAUUGCUCGUGCCUAGCAGCGGAUGUGGGGAAAAUCUUCAAUGUUUACUGGGACAUGGGGGAGGAUAGUGCGCAAAUACCCGACAAAUGGCCAGAUUCGUAUGGCACAAAAUACAACUUCAACACGCCGCUUCGCGUGAAUUUCAACAAUUCUCAAUUUAGCUCAAAUAUUUUUCUUUCGAGUUCACCACCCCCAAUGAGUCCUGCGGGUCGUGAGGAGGACAUUGAUGCCAUUGUUAAAGUAAUCGCACAUGCUGAAAAGUUUAUCCAUAUCGCCGUUAUGGAUUACUUCCCGCUCACGAUUUACACGCCAAAAAUUCAUUUCUGGCCUGAUAUCGACAAUGCUCUGCGAAAGGCUGCAAUUGAGAAUAAAGUUUCUGUGAAACUGCUAAUAUCGUGGUGGAGCAACUCCCGCCCUGCUGAAGACUACUUCCUCCGCUCUCUCGAAGCCAUCUCCAACACAUAUCAAAAUAUUGAUAUUCAAAUCAAGCGCUUCGUGGUGCCCACAUCCGAUGACCAGGCUAAGAUCCCCUUUGCGCGGGUCAAUCACAACAAAUACAUGGUAACGGAUAAUGUUGCCUUCGUGGGGACGAGCAAUUGGUCCGGGGACUACUUCACAGACACCGCUGGCAUUGGCUUUGUCAUGAUGGACCCCGAACAUGGCCAUCCAAAUGGGACAGAGAGUGAGAAUUUGAGACUCAGCCUUGCGGCUCUAUUCGAUCGUGACUGGAAUAGUGCCUACGCAAUGGAUUUAAUAAAAUAGACAGCGUGUGUGUGUGACUCCUGGAACUUCCUUUUCGCAUAGUUGUUAGGCAUUUAAGGACGAUCCGUUAGGAAAUUUUAAUUGUAAAUCGUGUUUUUUAGGCGUUAUAUUUAAUGCGAAUUGUAAAUCCACAUAUUGUUAAAAAGAAAGUUUUAAAACCUUCUCUUAAACACCUUUUUACCUUUUGCACUCGUUACUAAAUACUAGGCGUGAAUAGACAGAUGGUAGAAUUCUCUACUAAGUUUGGCUUAAAUUUCUUAGGUCAGGCUUAAUUCUUAAAUAAAUGUCAAAGUUUUGAUUUAUUCACGGUUCAAAUUUUCCUAAACCAGGCUGUCUUUAAUUACUUAUUUACUUAACCGGCGCUAAGGCUUGUCUCCAGCCUUGGUCUGAUCUAGGACACUCCUCCAAGGCUGUCUUUAAGCUAGGCCUAAAUUGUUUAAUGUAGGUUUAAGUGUUUUAGGUCAGGUUUAAGUUUUUAAGGCCAGGCCUAAUUGUUUUAGACUGUGCUUAAACUUUAGCAUGGUCCGACCGUGACAAAAUCUGGAUCGUGAUUUUAGGAUAAAUUUUCAUUUUUUUUUUAACUUGACCCGACUUAUUUUUAUCUCAGGUUUAAGUUAUCUUAAACCGGACUAUGUUUUUAAGCUAAGUCUUAGUUUUUGACGUUAGGCGUUUAAUUUUUUACGAUCAGGUUAGUCCCGAUUUCGAUUUAUCUUCAAAUUUGGCUUUAAGAACCUAAAAGAAACUAAAGCCAGUCUUAGGAAACUAAGCCAUACUUAGUUGUGAAUUCCGCCCUAAGUUUUAAUCUAUUUUGCUGUAAAAAUGCUAAAUUUCUAAAUAAAAAAAACGUUGUGAUGAAGAAAA